UAACCUCACGCAGUGCCUCUCAAACAAGAGUGAAGGAUUCUCACUCUGUUUGUUUUGACUGUUUUUGAAAUGAAGGCUUAGCUUUAGGGGUGAUUUCCGACAAACCCACAUAUAGUGGUCCAAAGAUGGACCAACACCGUAACAGCCGAGUAGCCUUCUAGCUCCUCGUGUUCUGUUUUGAUUUUGUUUCACUUGAGACACUCGGACGAAAGCGCAAAGCAGCUGAUAGCUAUAGCGUCUAUUAAGCGAGUUCCGACAGAAAACCGCGCGGGCGUUUCAAACCUUGUUAAUCGGAACCGGGUGCUUCAACAUUCAUUGAAAUCGUCAAUAAGAGCCAACGAUUAUCACUAGUAAAGGAAACUGUUUUUAUAAUAGAGAUUAUAACGCAGCCAAAGCAAGCAUAUAUAUAAGAAGUUCUAUGUACGACUGUGUGCUGCAAGACAAGGAAAAAGUUCUUGUUCCUGGAGCUACACAACAGCGUCUGUGGCCUGCGCGUUCUUCUGCUAGGGCGACAUCUCGCUCACUCCGUGUGAACAGAGUAGAAUAAGCAGCAGUAGUCUCAAAAGUGCACGAGACACGGCGACAGCGCUUAUCUGUCAACGAUGUUGAUCCGUGGCCAGCCGAUAAUCAGCCGUAGUCGGUAAAGGACUGCGCGCAAGAGGUUGAUGACCCCUAAUGGUCAUAGUACGUCGGUAUGGUAAGCGCUGGCUCUAACGCUUGCCACUGAUGAAGCUCACUCGACUCGCCUAUGGUUGUGUUGUGAUCGACAUCUACUGCAGUGAACCUGUGGGUGUUCUCUUCCGCACUUACAUCCGUCUAUGAUCGAGGUGUCGGUCCAGUAGCAGAACUAUCUCAGUUCUCCCUAAUCAGCUCACUGACCAGAAAAACCUGAAAAUGAGCAACAGGGUACCCCGUCGUAUCUCAAGUGACAGCGAGCCAGCUAUACCUGAACGAAAAUUCUGUGCUUACAUGCAUAGGGUAUGCCAACAACCACGAAUCGCGGGUAGAAAAUAUUGCUUACGACAUGUACUGGAGGACCGCGAUUCGCCUUACCGGCAAUGUCAAUAUGUCCAGCCAAAUACCCAGAGGAGAUGUCGCUAUCCUGCAGCAAAAACUGAACGACGUGAAUAUCUGUGCAAGAUACAUGUCAAUAGGACGAAAUCAGGCAAAGCUAAACGGCCAAUGACUCUAAAUGAAACACCGUUUAAAGUAUUCGAAUCUCUUGAAAUUUACUGUCAAAAAGCCGAGCAUAACGCCCAAAUGGCUACAACAUCGAGAUCGACGUUAAAAUUUUUUGAUCCAGAUAGUGACCAGGAGGCACCACUAAUUGAGAAUUGCUACAUCUACGAUGGUGACAGUGAUGCUGAAAGUGUUGACGAGGAGAUGACAGAUUUCAAAAAACACGCAGGUGUAUUUACGGCUGAAGAAGCAGCAAGAACUACAAAGGAAAAGAUGUUGCGUCUUCAACAACUGUAUUUGGAUCAGUUUCACCGAUUACGAUACAUGUACAAGGAACGUAGAAGAGAUUAUUUGUAUCGACAGCAGUUUGAGAAACCACAUGUGGGUAAAGACUUCAAUAACCCUCGAGACGAGCGCCUCUAUCGACGUUUUAUUGCCUAUAAGAACUAUCGGCGAGUGCACGGACAAGAAGCUACCCUUAAGCACAAAAUGAAGGUAAAACGCAAGGCUCAGGCGGAUGGCGUAUCUUACCCUUUGCCAAGAACUUCCUGCGAGACAUGUAAAGCACCGGAUUGUGAGGAGACUCUCCUUCCUUUGACAUCUUUCUGUCCUUCUCAUAUUUUGUUAGAUCCUGAUCAAAAACUUUUUCAAGCAUGUAAAGAAGAAGGCUGCAAUGAACCAGUUCUAAGAGUCCGCGGACGUGAACACUGCCCGGAGCAUACUUCAUUCGAUGUCGACGCACUUCAAAAGCUGCUCGAAAGUUCGCUGCCUGAAGGUGUUGAGGUAAAGGAAGAGCCGCGUGAAUUCUUUGAUGGAAUGGACGAUGUUGCCGCGCUUGGCCUCGACGCUAUAGAGCCUACAAACCUUUUUGGUCUUAACCAAAGUGGAAUUUCUACAACGGGUGAGGCAGAUGAUGAUGAGUCAACAGAUUCGGCGAUGUCAGACGAUGGUUUACCAACAGACACUGCUCUAUACGACGACGAAAUGCCCCUGUCGGUCGCUGGCUCCAGCAACUCGAGAGUUCAAUCAGAUGCAACCUCAUCGCUUCGGGAACCGCAGCAACAUCAUCAGCAACAACAUCAAGAACCUAGUCGCGAAAAUCCGCAGCGCGGCCCGGGGGUUAGUGCUCUUGGACAUGGAGGGGGAGUUAGUACAGCUGCGAGCGUUAAUAAAGAUACCUCCAACUUUGAGGCUUUAAAGGGCCGUUCAGUUCGAAUAGUCGGUGGGCAACAAGUACAGUUGCAAGUGACGCGGCAGAUGUCAACCGCUCUGCAAAGUGCACCAGAAUACAUUCUUGAGAACCAUGGUGCUGGGCAGACGUAGUGAUAUCAAAAACUUUUAAUGUAAUUACGCGUAACUAGUGUAACCACAGAACUCAUGUUUGUUAAAAGCAGGGCAUUAUCUACAAACCAAAAAAAUAUAUAUUAGCCUGCGAGAUUGUAAAUACUUGCUAUACCGAUCUGAAUAUGUGAAUGCACUAUUUGUCUUUGUUGGCGGGGUUGUCGAGGAUAGAUAAUGUUAUAAGAUAUAUCGUGGUCCUCGCAAAAAGUCGAAAUUAACAUAACAAAAUUGAGUUUAAAUACAUUACUAUUAUUUUUUUCACAUAUAUGUGUAUAAUAGCCUUGUACAGAACGACAUCAGAUAUGCUCUUCAGAUGGAGAUGCCUUAUCGAAGAGAAAUUGAUGUUGCCGCUUUUGACAAAUAUUAUGUGAAUAAAUUCUGCUGCGACGAUCCCUGUGCAGUGAUUUAAAUACACGAUAUACUCUCUAAAUUAACUGUAAAAAUUUAAGUCGAGUAAGAUAAGGUUUUUCUUAUGGUCUGCAAUGAAUAGAAAUUUUACCGGUAACUUUGAUAAAUGCCGUCGUAGCUUAAUUCAAAUUAAUGGCAUGCCGUCGUAGCUUAAUUCAAAUUAAUGGUGACGACGACGCGGUACAAAAUAUAUAAUAGUACAUUGCUUUGUUUUAAUGUCAGAAUUUUUAUAAUCGAGCACUUAUUUCUGACAUUGCGCAAUACAGAUGGAUAUCGAAAAUAGAUAUACGCCGCAAAUGAUAUCCCAAAACAAGAUCUGUUUCUAUUAUAUUCUAUCCAAAAAUGAAAAGCAUACUCGCACACUUUUAUGAACCUGAUCACACGGCAUCACUUGCAGCCGCACAAGAUUCAACUGUUGUUUCGUGUUUUCCUCGAUGAAGCGAUUAACUGUAUCAGCCCUCUUGAGAUAUAUCAGUCCAAUAUUAUAACUGAGUAUACUGAGUCCAGUGAACGCGUCAAGAUUAGCAGUCAGCAUACAAAACGAUAUAUUUAGUGUGAAGUCUCAUUAAGGAAUGCCGAAACCUUGAUAUAGUUAUCAAAAGUGAUGUUGUGUAAAUUAAGCUAUAGAUGGAACUUGUAUAGCAUGCAGAUCAAUGAUAAAGGCAACAAAUUGUGAGUGCUGAGCAUAUUCUAAGAACGAACCCUAUUUUCUUGUUAAUGAAAACUGAUAUUUUUUAUUUCACUGAUAUACAGAAAAAGACCACCACAAUUAAAACCUUUUUGUAUAUUAGAACAAAUAGUGCCUCCCGUUUAAAUAACUUGUAUGUAUGCUGUAAUAAUAGCAUUAACUAACGUUUCUAUUGCUUGUUUAACAGUAUUUUGAAAUUCAGUAAUGCAGUUUAUUGCAAAUUCAUGUUAAUAUGAUACAAAUAAUGCACGAAGAAAAAAUUUACCAAUUUUUGAGUUCGACAGUAGUUAUCCACGACCUAUUUUCAAGUAAUCUGAUAGACAUAAAUUUUCCUACAUGAUACAGAAACCAUUUUUGACAUGUCUUGUUGCGCUGUUUAGUUCGUUUGUAGUUUCGAUUUUAUUCAAUAUGAACGGGAUUAAGUAAUAAGCAGGAACCUCAAAAGAGUAAACUUUAGCAUCAUAGCGAUCACAGUAACUGAGUCCAUUAAAGAAACAUAAGAGAUUUCUUUUCUUGAAAGAGAUAAAAUUGCGCGGCACCAAUACCCCGGUGAAGGCUUAUUUAAGAAAACAAUUUAUAUUGAUUAAAACAAGAUUGGAUACAAAAAAUAUUCUUUUGUGUACCGUGACGAAUACAACAACAAAAUGCUCUUCCAAGUGUUACUUUUUAUAGAUUUAGAGUAUCGCAUUGUAACUAAUAUACCUGUAAUAGUAUGAACUGGAGGCGGUGUUGAGGUACCUAGGAGAGCACAACAAUGGGCUGUAUUGGCACUGACUUUGGUCAACCCGCCUUUAAAGCUACCACAUAAGUCGCACACAUACACCAUUUGCUGAGCAAAAACGAACGAAAACAAAUAAAAUUGAUUAUUCGGUUAUUUUCGAAACCAGAUUCGUUUUCAAGUAGAUAAAUGAAAAUAAAAUGUGCGUUAAAAGCGAUUCUAAUUAGUCUAAAAGACACCUCGCAGGGGCCACCGAACAGC